CGCAUCCUUUUCCCUCCAAAAUUGGAAAAUGCAAAAACCCUAGCUCCAAUUGGUGGAAAAAUCCCCCAAAAUUUUAAAAAAUUCAGAGUUUUUUUUUUUUCAUGGAUCCUAAGGAGGAACCCAACGCCGACGGGGACCGCCGCGACAUGGCGGCCGAAAAUUCUGACACGGUGGCUGUGAACAAGAAGCGGGCUCGCAGGGUGAGCUUUGCUGAGAUGACAUCUAUUCACUUCUUCGACCGCGAUGAGGAGUUCAAUGAGACGUCUCAGGUGGAGACUGCGAAAAUGGCGGACGAUUCGCCAGCUGAAUUCAGGUUCGGCGGGCUGUCGGAGCUGAGUAAGGAGUUUGGUGGUGAUGAUGAUGGCGGUGAUAACCUUGAUGACGAGAUAAUGGAAAUGCAGAGGUCGUUUUUGCGGCCGAUUGGAUCGCCUUCCUCAGGAGGGAGCACGAUGGGUUCCGCCUCGUCAAAUGAUGAAGAUAAUUUCUUUGGCCCUGUAUCGGCCAAUUUUAUAAGGCCCGGCCGGUUAUCAGACUCUGCGGCUUCUGAUGAUAAUCAUGACUUGACAAUGGACUCAACAGCUUUUUCCAUGCAUUUCCGCAGUCUUGCUGGAUCAGAGUCCGGAAUAGACUUAAAGACACCAACUGGGGGUCAACUCUUCUUUGAAGAGAAGACACCCACUAAUUCAAAUAAAGGGAGCUCCGUGACUUACACUUUAGGUAAAAAUCAUUUUCCGAAAUCUUCUGUGCCUGCUACAGAAGGAAGUGAGAGUCACAACUCCAAUGAUAUGAGUCUUGUUUUGGAAAACCCUAAUAAGUAUGACUAUGAGAAACCUUCCCCAGGGUUGGAUGCAAUCCUAGCAGAGAACCGGAAGAACUUACUUCAUCUUAUUGCAUCUGAUGAUAUUACUUCACCAGAAAGGAACAGAGGACAUGUUUCGUCUUCUGUUGACCAUGGCAAUGUCCUUGUUAACUUAAGUGACUCUGUAAGGAAAGGAAGUGACAGGAUUAACUCCGACAGUAUAAUGAAUGAAGACCAAUCUGAUGCUCACAUUCAAUUUGGUGAUGCAAAUGGUUCUCAUGGAAACUUUCUUGGUGGUUGUUCUCCUAAAAGGUCAACCAGCAUGUUGGGUGUUGCAGCUUCUCACGAAGAAACUCACAAACCAAAUAGUUUGUCAUAUCAGUUGAGCAAAGAUGAGUUUGAUUCCUCACCGGUGGCAUCUACAUCUACUCCUGGCAAAUGGCAACAAACUCUUCUGACUACUGCAUCUCCAUCUAUUCCUUGGGGAGCAACAUCUUCUUUGCCAGAAAAACCUGGUUCCUUGCUGAGAAAUGGAAGCACUGAACAUCAUGAGACUGAGACAUCCAUUCAGAAAAGCAUUUCCAAACUGGAAUUACUUGAAAAAGCUGCAUUCUCCUCUGUCUUCAGUGCUAAAGUCGACAAGUCCACAAUUAAAUCGCUAGAUUUUUUUAAAUCCCCUAAUGCAAUUGAAAAGAUUCAUGACAUCUCCAGAAACAGUUUCAUGGAAGAUUCAGUUAGUGAAGAAAAGCUUGCUAGUGUAAAUCGGAGUACAGAAAAGAAUUUUGCCUUCUACAUGGAUCAUGCCAGGGGUGGAAAUCUUUUAGAAAAAUCAUUGAGCCAAACAAUGCAUGGAAAAUCGCCUAGUGCAUUGAAUGCCAAAAGUUUUUCUGCAGGUAAAUCAAAUUUGGGGCCGACUACUGCUUCACCUUCUAAGAACACUUGGUCUGGAAAUAACUUGACACACAGUUUGUUUACAUCCAAUCUUAAUCAUGAAGAUUCACUUAUGACUGAAACAGAGUCCUUGUUGGCUGAACUUGAUUCUAGUGAAGGUGAAAAAGCAAUCACCCCUAUAUUUGUUCGUUCUCCAGAAAGAGUGUUGGAUGAGAACUUGCCAGCUUCACCAGGUCUUCUAUCUAGUCAAUCUGUAGAUUUACGGAGUCGGUUCAAACAAAUGGAAAACUUUGACAAAGGCCGAGAUUCUACUCUAGGGAGAGAUCCUGCACAUGUUAACUCAAAUGCAACUGACAGCAUCCAUAUUGAGUCCGGAGGAAUGAAUGGAGAGUUAAGAUCGCCAUUCGUUGAAGUCAACGGCCUAAACAUGAUUGAACUAAGAGCAACCGAUAACAGAGAAACUGAUAUGCAUAAUGGGAAGGAAAUAAUUCAAACAACUGGUAACUUCAGUACUCCUGCUAAAGAGAACCAGUUCCAAGUUGUGCAUCCGGAUGCUGGUGACCUAACAAACAGAGACAUCUCCAGCAUUGAGGAUAGCAUACCUGGAGUGGAGUCCAGAAUGGUUUCGCAUGGGUCUGUCUCUCCUUUUGCCUGCAUGAAUUUAGACCAACCACGAUUGCAGUUCCCUGCAGGUAGCCCCUCAAGGAAAGAGCCUGAUGAUAAACAACUCUCCGAAAUACCCUCUCCAACAACCAUUCGGAUGAGUGGUGGCCUGGAAAACUAUUCAGCAAACAAGAGAAAUGUAGGAUUAUUGCUGAGAGAUCCACAACAUAGGACAGAGAUCACCAAACUUGAAAGGAGUCCUAAACUCCUUAAAAGUGGCAAUUAUGACCCAGAGAAAAUUUUAUAUUCUACUGACAAUAGAAACAAACUGAAUGGCCAAGAAAAACAGAAGCUAGCUGAUGCAUAUAACAAAUUCACAGAGGAUAUGAAAAUUCUGAUUUCUGGAUCAGCUGAUAAGCUUAGUUGUAAGAUGAUUGAUGUGUUGGAAGAUAUGUUGGUUCACCAGCAGAGGUUGAAAGCAUACGAGAUGAUUCAGCAUGGAGUUGUGCCUCAGAGUGCAAUUGUUCAGCAUGAUCUCCAGCUUGAGAAAAUAGCUGAAACAAAGUCAUUAUUGCAUAGAGUUGUCUUUGAAAAGGCAAAAUUGCAGCUGAAGCAUGUAAAGAGAGAAAGACUGUUGAAAAGGCUAGAUCUAUUGAGCUCCAGGAUGCAGGAUUCAAAGAUACUAAAAGCAAAUAUGGCAUCACUUCCCCUGGGCAUAUGCACUUCUACUGUUGGUGCUGUUGGUCACCGCUUGUUGUCUGUCAACCUAAGAAAGGAACAUGAGGUUUGCCAUGAUAAAUUGAUUACGAUGAGGCAGGCCUUAGAAGCUUUAGAUAGAAAGAUUUUGACCUUGACAAGAACAUUUCAUUCAUGCUGCAAACUGAAAGCUGAACCUGGAGUUGGUGAGACAAUUACUUUGGUAACUGAACACUUGGCAAAAAAGACUUCUUGCAGAAUGAUUCGUCUGGAUACGCAGAUGUGGGUGGUCCAAGGCAUGGCCAGUUCGAAUGGUCAGCACAAUGUUAUCCUGAAUCACCUUGACCUAAUCACUCAGAGCAUAAAAAUCAUUCUGGGUCCUACAUCUAGUGUCAGAAGCUCAUUUAAGUUGAAUGAAACAAACAUCACAAAGAAUUUUCCAAAUAUGGAUGCUUGCAUAGCAUUUGGGUUUGUGUUUAACGCUGAGACUGCUCGCAAAUAUAUUGGUGCUAAAACAUUGGUACAAGAAACUCAAGUAACUAGUUCACUUCUAGGUUCCUUACUCGAUGUUUUUGAGGAGGUACAAACAGCACGCAUGGAGUUUCAGAAUCUGACCCAGUCAAGCUUUUCUUCACCAUCAGUGGAUCGCCUUGAUCUGAUGCUUUGUUUCCUUAAUUUUAACUCUGGGAGGAAGAUGUCUAUCACAUUUGACCUUUCUUGCUUGAAGCGAGGAGUCUAUCCUUCGGUGAUCCUUCCACUUCAACUCUCAUCACCCAUCGACAGCUGCACAAAUCCGUCGCCUGGGAUUAUCCUUGAUAAAAUCAGGGCCGCGGUUAAGGAUGUUAGAACUGGAUACAUGAGGAUUCUACGUCUCUGCAGGUGCGUGUCCCAGAUUGUUCAAACCUUAACUGUGUAGCAAAUGUGUAGGAAGCCUAUACUCUGCUGAAUCUGGCAAGGGAAAAUGCGAUCUCGAUCGCGAUGCACCGACAAACAACGUGAUUUUCGCCUCGUUGCACCUCCUUCUGAGAAUUGAAUGCUUGUCGAAUUACACUAGCACAGGACUUUAAAAUGUAGAACUACAAUGCUCAUUUUGCAUUUGUUAUCUUGGCAAAUAGACGUAGGGUUUUGUUAGGAAUUUUCUUGUUCAUGUUAUGUAAAUUGUUGUCUGAUAAUUUUUGUUCGUAUUAUUGCAAUUUAGUGUUGGGGCUAAUAGCGUCAAAAUG